UUGUUGCAUGAAACAAUGUACCGCCUGUGUAUCUUGUUACUGGCCCUGGUGGGAGCCAUCUGGUGCGUCCCAUCUCCACUGAAGUCUCCAGAGCAGGUCGAGGAGUACAGGAAAUUUUUGCAGCAGACCAGACAAGGAAAUAAUACAUUUCUGGUAUCGUCAAGUGCAAUUGCUCCGGGUUACUGGGAGAACAGUGGAAAGUUUGAAGGUGACAUCAUUUUGGAUGACUGGCAGAUAGAUGCUCUUGUAACCGACUAUGCGGCUGGCAGGUCAGCGUACAUCUGGCCCAACACUAGGUGGCCCGGAAACGUAGUUGUCUACGAAAUCGCUGCAGGACAUUUCAAUCAGGCUCAGAUUAACCACAUAAUGUGGUCAAUUCACUUGAUUGAACAUUUUAGUUGCACCAGAUUCCGACGGAGAAAUGCCAAUGACAGGAACUAUGUGCGUCUUACUGGAUACAACAACGGCUGCUACGCCAGUGUGGGCUUUUGGCAUGAUCGUGGCAUCCACACCAUGAACCUUACACCAAACGUACCCGACCGCGGCUGCUUCACAAUAUCUAUAAUCAUUCAUGAGUGGUUGCAUGUCCUCGGAUUCUUCCACAUGCAGUCUACAUACAACAGAUAUGACUAUGUCAGAAUCGCUUGGGAAAAUGUCCAACGAGGUUCGGAGCACAACUUUGAGCGGUAUGGAACAAAUAUAGUCAGCAAUCUAGGCUUGCCUUACGAAUACACAAGCUGCAUGCACUACUUCGCCACCGCAUUCAGUACAAACGGAAGACCGACUAUUGUCCCUCUGAGGCCUCACAAUGGCGUGAUGGGACAACAGGUUUACGUUACUUACUAUGAUUGGUUAAGGUUGAGACGCCAUUACAAUUGCCCUGGAGCCUGGAGCGCUGAAGAAGCGAAACUACUGGAAGCUGAAGUCGAGAAGUAUAUCCCUCUGAUGGCACCCAAGGCUGAUGACGAAAUAAUCGCAGAUACUCCAGAAGUUGUUGAAAAUCAGGAAUAAUGAUUUAGCAAAAUAUAUGUUCUAAAUAUAAUUCAAGCAUAUUUAUAAA